GUGUCGUGCACACCAAUGCAUACCGAUGUUACGACAGUGACGACUGUCAGCUGCUGUCGGAGAGGCUUGCUCUCGGAGUGACGCGCGGCUUUCUCGAGCCAACGAAAUCAUGGAAUCCAAGAUGGAUCUGCUGACCGAGCCCGCGUGGAAUCAGCUCCAACAAUAUUUUGACAACAAUGGCUCCAAGAUGAACAUAUACAGUAUGUUCCAGCGGGAUGCUAAACGCUUCGAAAAAUUUAGUUUGGAACUUGCUACGCCACACGAUGGACCGAUUUUGUUGGAUUACUCGAAGAACAGGAUCAACGAAGAAGUGCUUGGAUUAUUGUACAAUUUGGCUCGUGCACGGAAGGUGGAAUCUGCGAGAGAUGCCAUGUUUAAUGGUGAAAGGAUCAAUUUCACGGAAAACAGAGCAGUUCUGCAUAUCGCAUUGCGUAACAGAAGUAAUAAGCCGAUAUUAGUGGAUGGAAAAGACGUGAUGCCCGAUGUGAACGCAGUACUAGAGCAUAUGAAGGAAUUUACAAAUGAAGUGUUGACGAAAAAAUGGACAGGAUUUACUGGUAAACCUAUCGAGGACGUCGUCAAUAUCGGAAUCGGUGGAUCUGAUCUGGGUCCACUUAUGGUAACCGAAGCCUUAAAAAUAUACAGCAUUGGACCGAGAGUUCACUUCGUCAGCAACAUAGACGGUACUCAUGUAGCCGAAACGCUGAAAAAAUUAAAUGCAGAGACUACUCUGUUCAUAGUAGCUUCCAAGACGUUCACCACGCAGGAGACCAUAACUAACGCAACGACUGCCAAGCAGUGGCUUUUGAAAGCACUCAAGGACGAAGCUGCGGUUGCCCGUCACUUCGUAGCAUUGUCUACCAAUGAAACUAAGGUCAGGGAAUUUGGCAUCGAUGUGAAAAAUAUGUUUGGCUUUUGGGACUGGGUCGGUGGACGUUACUCAUUAUGGUCAGCUAUUGGCUUGUCAAUCUGUUUGUCAAUCGGUUUCGAGAAUUUUGAAAAGCUCUUGAGUGGAGCUCACUUUAUGGAUCAACACUUCUGUACGGCACCACUCGAAAAAAACGCACCUGUUAUACUGGCUUUGCUUGGCGUAUGGUACCAUAACUUUUAUAAAGCUGAAACACAUGCGCUGUUACCAUACGACCAGUAUUUGCAUCGGUUUGCCGCUUACUUUCAGCAAGGUGAUAUGGAAAGUAAUGGAAAAUAUGUCACUCGUUCUGGAAAGACUGUAAAUUAUAACACAGGGCCAAUUGUGUGGGGAGAGCCGGGUACCAACGGGCAGCAUGCAUUUUAUCAAUUGUUACAUCAAGGUACAAGACUCGUGCCGGCCGAUUUUAUAAUUCCCGCGCAGUCUCAAAAUCAGGUUCCUUCGCAUCAUAACAUUUUGCUUGCCAACUUCCUUGCGCAAACUGAGGCGCUGAUGAAAGGCAAAAACAAGGACGAGGCUCGAGCUGAAUUACAAAAGUCGGGACUGACUGCUCAGCAGACGGAUUUGCUGUUGCCGCAUAAGAUAUUUGAAGGAAACAGACCAACAAAUAGCAUCGUAGUACAGAAAUUGACGCCGUUUAUUCUCGGUGCUUUGAUUGCAAUGUACGAACACAAAAUCUUUAUACAGGGCAUAAUCUGGGACAUUAACUCCUAUGACCAAUGGGGUGUGGAGCUGGGGAAACAGUUGGCUAAAGCUAUCGAACCGGAGCUGACGAGCCCAGAAACUGUUACAUCUCAUGAUUCGUCGACUAAUAGCCUGAUAGCGUUUGUUAAACGCCAUCGUACAGCCUAAGUUUAACAACGCUCCUUGUGAUAAGAUGCAACAAAAUACCUGCAAUUAAAUAAGAGAAGCGCUGUUGUAGAUUGUAUAUCGUUAUAAACUUCAAUUAUGUAAAUGGGCUGAUAGUAUUUUACUUGUUAAAUUAUAUAUAUGUAUUUAAUUUAUAAUUUGGAAUAUAUCUUUUAAUCGAAUUACACACAUGUCACAAUUACUACAUAUAUAUAUGUCGAUACAAAAUUAAAAAUGUAAAGUGAUUAA